AUGGGAUUUGGUCACAGGAAUUGUGUUGUAGUAGGCUGCAAUAACAGUGGAAAAAGCCUCCACAAAUGGGCAUCUCAACAAUGUGAAAUACAUAGCUGUUUACGUGGGACAUCGCCUUGCGACUGUCCCCCACCUUUUAAGCUUUUUCCCUUUCCGACUGAGCUUAAACACAACGAAGCCAGAAAGCGCUGGACGAAACUUAUUAAAAGAGAGGAAUCAAAUGGAAAAGUGUGGCUACCAAAAAAGGCUUCGAGAGUUUGUAGUGAGCACUUUGUUGAUGAGAAACCUACUGAAAACAACCCCGAUCCGAUCUUAAAAUUGGGCUACGACUUUCAAGUACCAAAGAAACGAAAGCUGCCGACUGAAAGGCCCUUAUUAUCAGUAAAACGUCCAAAACACUCGAGUCAAGAGUCAAGUGCUAGUGAAUCAAUUCCUACUACUGUGGAACCUGACGACUCACCUGAAGUGACUUUAACAUCAUGCUCCGAAGAGAUUCCCGUCAACUACGAAUGUUCCAACUAUAGCUCUUCUACAAUAACAACGAGCAAUCUUGCAGAAGAACAAAAUACUGAAAGGCCGUGGCAUAUUAUACACGACCAUGCGUAUUCAUACGGCUGGUAUGAAAUGGAAAACUCUGAUUUCUGUACUGAUGAAGUCUGUUUAAAAGUGAGACGAGAUCAACACGCUGAAAUAAAUAACUUGAGAGAAAGAGUUGCUGCACUAGAGGAUGAAAUUGAGUUUUACAAAAUCAAGGUGAAUGCUUUAAAAAACAAAGGAUUGAGGCACUCAGACUUAAAAGAUGAUAAAACAGUGCGAAAUCUAACGGGAAUCCCAACAAAAGAAUCGUUUCAUAAGAUGUUUAAUUUAACAAAGAGAAAUAUCAAAAAAGUUCACUUUUGGAGUGGCCCUUCAAAAUCUACCAAGAAAGGUAGAACAUUCAAAAGAUCACCGAAAAAAUUCGGACCUCAGCGUGUACUGCCUCAGAAAGACGAAUUUCUGCUCACUCUCAUGAAAUUACGCUUAGGCUCGACGAAUGUUGACUUGGCACAAAGAUUUGGUGUGUCAGACACAACUGUGUCAAACAUCUUCACGACGUGGAUUAAAAUUCUAGGGAAGAAACUGCGAUGUCUGGUUUAUAACCCCUCCAUUGAAGUUGUAAAGGCAACUUUACCAGAUAAAUUCAAAAAACCAGGAUUUUCCAAUGUAAGACAUAUUAUUGACUGUACCGAGAUAUUUAUUGAAACACCUAGUGACCCAUUUACCAGAGCUGCUACUUGGUCUGAUUACAAGCAUCAUAACACUGUCAAAAUAUUGGUAUCCAUUACUCCUAAUGGUGCUUUUAACUUUGUGUCCAAAGCAUGGGGUGGAAGGACAUCUGAUGUUCAUGUCACAAAAGAAUGCUCUUUCUAUGAUACCUUAGAGCCAUAUGAUGAAGUUAUGGCAGACCGAGGCUUUACAAUAACAGAGGACCUACUUCUCCGAAAUGCCAGGCUACAUAUACCCCCUGGAAAAAGAGGCCAAGAACAGUUCACAAAGGCUGAGGUCAAGAAAACAAAGGCAAUAGCAAAUCUCAGAAUAUUUGUUGAGCAAGCUAUAAGGAGAAUGAAGACUUUCAGACUAAUUAAGAAUGAACUACCCAUUUCACUACUCAGCAAUAUUGAUGACAUUAUUAUUGUUUGUGCAGCUUUAUGCAAUUUGUAUAAACCUUUGGCAAAGUAA